AUGGAUGCCCCGUGUGACUACAGCUACUGCUCCCUGGCCGCCAGCAUGAAGGACGUGGAGCCCGGAGACUCGCUAGGCUCCUUCUUCUCCAGCUUCCUCGAGGAGAGGCUGUCGAGCAACCGGAGCAACGCGUCCCUGCAGGAGCUCUGGAGGAGCCUCGUCCACCUGGAGCGAGCCGAUGGGCCGCAAGGCAGCGGCUCGCUUGUCCUGAGGGUCUUUAUCUCCACCAUCUACUCCGUGGUGUGUGCCCUGGGGCUAGUGGGGAACCUCCUCGUGCUCUACCUGAUGAAAAGCAAGCAAGGCUGGAACAAGUCCUCCAUCAACCUCUUUGUGACCUGCCUGGCCGCCACGGACUUCCAGUUUGUGCUGACCCUGCCCUUCUGGGCGGUGGAGAAUGCUCUGGACUUCACCUGGCUCUUUGGCAACGCCAUGUGCAAGAUCCUCUCCUACGUGACCACGGUGAGCAUGUACGCCAGCGUCUUCUUCCUCACAGCCAUGAGCGUGGCCCGCUACCACUCAGUGGCCUCCGCCCUGAAGAGCAAAAGGCCUGGCGGACUUUGUGGGGGAUGCACUUCGGCCAAGUGGCUGUGCGUCCUCAUCUGGCUGGUGGCCAUCCUGGCUUCCCUGCCCACUGGCAUCUACUCCACCACCUCCACCAUCUACACAGAGGAGGAGUUCUGUCUGGUCAAGUUCCCCGACAGCCAAGGCAACAAUACCCCCUUCUGGCUGGGGUUGUACCAUGCCCAGAAGGUGCUGCUGGGCUUCCUCUUGCCCUUGGGCAUCAUCACCCUCUGUUAUUUGUUGCUGGUGCGCUUCAUCAGCGACAGGCACAUGGGUGCCAGCUCCUGCGGUCCCAGCACCAAGCGCCGGUCCAAGGUGACGAAAUCGGUGACCAUUGUGGUGCUCUCCUUCUUCCUUUGCUGGCUUCCCAACCAGGCGCUCACCAUCUGGGGCAUUUUCAUCAAGCUCAACGUGCUGCCCUUCAGCAAUGCCUACUUCUUCUCCCAGACCUACCUGUUCCCCGUCACCAUCUGCCUGGCCUACUCCAACAGCUGCCUCAACCCCAUCUUCUACUGCCUGAUGCGCAGGGAGUUCCGCAAGGCCCUCAAGAAGCUGCUGUGGAGGAUCACUUCGCCUUCGCUCACGGCCAUGCGCCCCUUCACUGCCACCACCAAGCCCGAGCAUGAGGAGCAAGCCUUGCACACCUUGAUGCCCAUUGACCCCAGAGCUGUUUCUGCUGCUCCAGCUGCUCCUGCAGCAGUCAGCUUGCCUGACAUCAUCUCAUAUCCCCCCGGGGUGGUGGUCUACAGUAGCCGCUCUGACUUCUUGCCCACCACCACCUCGGCUGAACUGCAUUUAUAA